GGAAUCUUCUGCCAGGAAGGUUUGAUAUAAAUAGGCCGCACCAAGGUCCAAGCUCUCAUCAGAUUCUGAUCUGCAGUGUCAAACGCUAGUUGUUCUGUACAAGUGCGUUCAUUCGCUUCCAACUGAAACAUCCUUCUAAACACAACUCUAAACAAUGAAGUGCAUCGUGGCCCUCGUUGUCCUGGCAACUGCGCUGGUUGCUGAAGCUGGUGUGAUCCCGUGGAUCCUGCCGCCAGGAAUAGCGAUUGCUGCUCCGGCCGGUCUUGCCAUUCCCGGUGCCACCGUAAUCCAAUCGAACCCUCCACCAACGGUACUGGCCCCGUAUCCGAUUGCCGUCGAUGUUUCCGGAGGACACGCGGUGAUCCUGGCGGCAGCACCGGCCGCUCCAGCCGUCGUUGCUGUUGCCCCGGCUCCAGCGCCUGCGCCAGCUCCGGAACCGACUGCCACCGCCGUGUCGGCGACGCGUGGUGCCGUCCACGUUGCGCCACUGCCGGGACAUAGCGUUUCCCAGACCCAGCUAAAUCUGGCACCAGCUCCUGGAUCUGAGUAACUCACUAGAACCGUUCCCCAAACCUACCAAGGACCCCGUGAAGUCAAUCGUGCCAAGCCUUACCCAGUAUUCUGCCAGCAAACUGGCUAAACUUAUCCGGCCGAGGCCGGGAUAGCUGCCAUCCGGCCAUCUGAACAUGCGUUCCGAUGGUACUACCUUAUACCCUUCAAUGCUCCAAUAAAAGCAAGCUUAUAAGCCAACCAA